AAAAAAUAAAGCGAGUUUGAACUUUUCAUUUUUGGAAACAUAUUACAGACAAGAGAGAGUGCUGCGAGAAAUAUCUCUACAAGCAAGUUGUAAUGGUGGCUUUGACUCGUCUACGUGGCACAGGAGGCUUUGUGUGUUUCUGUAGUUUUUGUUUUGAACCUCCUCUCUGCGGGUCGCACGGGCGAGCUGGCGAGCUUGUAGUUUAGCCGACUUGCUAGCUGUCGUCAAGUUGGAAGAAAGUGGACAAGACGGUGGCUAAACGGGAGCUUCUCCGACCAACACAGACCUAUGCGACGGAUAAAAGGUGAGGGAUGGAGAUGAGAGAGUUGACUGUGGUAGCUGGUAGCUUUGUGAGUUUCCAGCUGCUCUUCUCUGUGGCCAGUCCUUUACUCUCUUCAGCCAUCUCGCCAAGUUAUGGAUUAUUACCUCCCACCAAGCAUACUGAGUGGAACUCCAGGUUGGUGUCAACCGUUCACGCUCUGAUAGUUGGAUUCUUUUGUUUGUACAUCCUAUGCUUCGAUGAAGCGGUCAACGCCAAUCCUGUCUGGGGGGACCCCAGUAUGGUCAAGUUAAAUGUAGCCAUAACCUGUGGCUACCUACUGUACGAUUUGUUGUUACUUGCAUGUAAUUGGAGCACGAUGGGGGACAGAUUUUUUGUCUGUCACCACUUGGCGGCGCUCUAUGCAUAUGGAUAUGUAUUGACACGCGGCGUGCUGCCCUACUUUGCCAACUUUCGUCUCGUUUCAGAACUAUCCACACCCUUUGUGAACCAAAGGUGGUUCUUUGAAGCAUUAAAAUACCCCCGCUCAAACAGGAUGGUAGUAGUAAAUGGCGUCGCUAUGACAGUGGUCUUCUUCCUGGUACGCAUUGCUGUCAUGCCAUCCUACUGGGCAAGUGUAUUUUCCACAUUUGGCACUGAAGACUUUGAGCGACUGGGCUUGGGUGCCCAGAUCGCCUGGAUCACUUCCUGCAUAGCCCUGGAUAUCUUGAACACUGUCUGGAUGUUCAAGAUCACUCGAGGCUGCUACAAGGUAAUAGCUGGAUCGAAAGCUCAGAAAGAUAAAGAAAGAGCAGACGCAUCGACUUGCUCGGACAAGAAAAAGCAUGCCAAUAACCACACAGACUAAAAGAGAACAGAGGGACACAAGCAGGGGGAGAAACUGCACGUAUAGGACCAUCUCUGCCCUCGAAUCCUGAACGUCAGCCCUCGAUCUUCCUGACUUUGACCAAUAGAAGUUGCUGUAAGUCCUCAGGUUCAAACUCAGACACAAGACGUGGGGACUCAACUCAAGCACCAGCCUUCGCAGCCUCAGUGGUUUUCACUGGCAGUUGAGCAUCUUGCUGCUUUUGUUGCAGAGUGAGAUGGCACUCACAAGUACUUUUUUUUUUCUUUUUUUUUUUAUAACCUGCACCUCGCUCCCUUACCGCUGCUUUCAUUCAGCAUUACAGCACCUCAUCUCCACCUUUGUGUCUCGUCUCAUAUCAGCCAAAGCCCAAUCCUCUGAAGUGCCUGUGAGCGACAGGAAAGCGAUAGGCCAGUCAUAAUUGAAUAAGAAAACAACAUUUGAAUACUCCUUCUCUGUUGGCCCCUUUCUUCCAAAUUGCAGGAGAUGUAGCACUUGAGGCCCACACUAAGUCUGUGAAUCGACAGGGCACUUGUCUUAUGCGCGCCAGACCUCAACUAAAACAGAACAGCACCAUAAUGCCUCGUCUACAGUAUUUGCUGCUGUGGCCACUUUCUACUUGUCACCAGCCAUGGCCCUCAUAAGCCACUCCAAUUGAUUGGAAUUACACACAAAAA